AUGCUUCGAAAGAGAAAGAUUACUCACUCUCCGAGUGCUACUACUGCUACUGCUGCUGCUGCUGCAACUGCUUCAUCAUCUACAGAACAAGCACCCAAGAAAAUCAAAAUGGACCCAUCACCAGAGAAUGGCAAUGAACAGCAGGAGGAUAAACAAAUGAAGACAGAAACUGAGGAUUUUGAUAAGGUUAAAACAUUCUACAAGGAACAUUUAAACGGUUCCAAUAAGAAGGGAUCCAUUAGGACAAUGUGUUCUGAACAUUUAGAGUCUAUGGAGGGAAUCAUCAAGGAUUUUCGGGGCAAAGUUGUGGUUACCCUGUUUUGUAAGCCAGGAUAUGGUAAAUCCUUCAUCAUUGAUCAAUUGUUGUCUGAUUUCAAAAUGACUAAUGCUCCUCUUCCUUCUGCUGUUCAGUUUGGAAAGGGUUUGACACGUACAGUUGUUGAUGUUGAGUAUUCACCAACUUACAGUUUGACUGUUCAGUAUUGUUCACAACAAGAGUUGUGUGCAAGGAAAGUUGAACAACUUGCUACUGAUACUUUGAAAGAUUGUGAAAUUGACAAUCAAUCAAAUUAUAUUAUUGACAAUGGAAAUUCUGAAGAGGAACUUUAUGAAUUUCUGGCCACUAAAGCACGUAACAAGAUUUUAGAGUUUGAUGCUGACACCAACUUUAAGAAAGUCCAUAUUAAGAAGUUAAUCUUGAAAAUCCCUUCCAAGUUCCUUCAAAGGAGCAAAAUAAUUCUCAGAGAUAUGCCUGGAUAUGAUGAAAAGCAAACUACUGAUCCAGUAAAUGUCCAUGAAAAUGUAUCCUACAAGCAUUUGAUAAGAGAAAGUUUAUAUGACACCUGCUUGUUAUUGUGUGGUAUUGAAAAUGAAAGGAUCAUUCUUGAUGAUGGUAUUGUACAAAAGGUGUGGGAUUAUGGUAUCCAUCAACCACAACAAACCCAUCAACCUUACAUUGCAAUCUUAGCUAAUAAUAAGGUAAUGAAUGAGGAGAGCUACAAGAAUGAGGUUAUGACAAAAAACGUUUUCAAACCCAUGAAAGAAUCAUAUGGAAAGCAACUUGCUUUUCAUUUCGAUUGUGAGCUAGAUGAUGUCCCUUUCGACUUGGAAUUAGAAGCCAAUAAUAUCAAUACCAAUGAAAUUGAUAUGGAAAACAAGUAUGAUUUUGUAAAGGGAUUAUAUGAUAAUUUUGAUUUAGUUUGUUUUCCACCACCUAACAACGUUGAAAUGAGAGAUCACUUUGUUUCCAAUUUACAAUCAAUUAUUGAAAACAAUAGAAAAAAGAUUAUAUCAAACAAUAUUAGUCAAUUAAGAGACAUGGCUAUUGUUGUACUGUCUAAUACAACUAUUAAGAAAGUACAAAAGUUUCCAUUAAAGUUCGUGAAAGAAUUGAAGUCAUGUAUCCAGAAAAUUCAGAAGAAAUUGCAAAGUGUUAUUGAUGGAUUGAAAGAAAAUAUACCUGAUGUGGAUGCCUUAAAAGAAAAGACAAUAGAUUCUUUCGUAAAGAAGUUUUCAUCCUAUUACACCAAUCCUAUUGUAUUAGGUUUUCAAAGGAAAGAAAUUGUACCUGAAUUGAAAAAAACAAAACAAAAGAAACUAAACCAAUUGAAAGUACCACAGAGAAUCAAGAGGUGGAAGCAAUGCUUUGGGUAUUUUAACAGUGGGUUUUUUUUAAAAUUAGAGAGCUUUUUAAGUUGUUUCAACACUCUUACUAAAAGAUUCCAAGCCAAAUUAACAUCUAUUUUGCAAGAAUCAUACCUGAGAAGUGAUACUAUCAUUCCAUUAGAGUGGGUCCAGUCUUUGUGCUAUUCUUUGAAUCCAAAUUUUGAGGAAAAGGACAAAUCAAAGGAAAAGAUAAUUCUAGAUAUUGUGCAAGCAGUGGAAGAUUUUGAACAUGAUUUUAGUGUUCAAUUUGAGGAAACUGUCCAAUCAUGGGAAGAAUUGAGUUUUGGUUUACACAAAAAUGUUAAACAACUAUUGACAAAGUACCAAAAUAAGAAAUCAUCAAUUGGUGAGGUAAUCAUUGAAGACAAAUAUCCAUUCCCACAAAGAUUGGAAGAAUGUAAAUUAGAUCUUCCAGAUAAAGAAUCUGAAAGUGUAACUGAUUUAAGACCUCCUGUCCCUGAAAAGAAGGAAAAGAAGAAGAAGGAAAAGAAGAAAGCAAAAAAGCAAGAAAAACAAAAAUCAUUUUGCUCACAUAACGAUGCCUUGUUGAAAUUCAAAUUCGAGAAGAGAGAUAGAUACACAAUUCCUGUUAAAGUAAUGGAUAGAAACUAUUCGAAUGAUAACGAAAUAUUGGUCAAGUUUAAUAGAGAUGAUGAAAUUCUAGAAAUUUCCUAUAAUGAAGAAAGCUUUUUGACUAAACUGAAACAGAUUUCAACGCUCACUAGUGAUGGAUUGAAACCUCUAUUUAUCAAAUCAAGACCAAGAGGAAAAUUUUGGAAACCUUAUCUCUAUUCUAAUUUCGUGAAGAAGCUGCAUUCAGAUUCAAUUCCAAAUUGUGUAACCAUUGUAACAGAAUCAAAAUAUAUCAAUAGAUAUAAGAAAUGGAUUAUAUCUAAUGGAAAUAGAGUGGAUGACUACAAUUUUAUUGUUUUGGAAUCUAAUAUGCCUCUUGGACCUGGCAUUGUUCAUUCCUCAAUUUUGGCAAUUGGUCAAUUUCUUAAACUUGAAUGCAUUCAUAUUAUUCAAGAUGACAUUUUAGAAUUUUAUGAAUAUAGUAGACAACAAAAAUUGUUUGUUUCACAUGAAACAUCAAUGCUCAGAAGUUUACAAUUUAUGGAAAAAGUUUUACAUACUGAGCUAUUUAAUCCAAACGUUUCUAGGGUUAGAUUUGCAAAGUUGAAAGAAAUUCUACUGGAACCGGAGUUUGCAGCUAAUUGCUUGAAAAUACUCAAGUUAAAAUACAAUUUGACUGAUCAAAUCAUUGAAGAAUUGGGAAAUGGACGAUUUCACUUGUUGGACAUUUUGGAUGAAUAUAUCAAAUCGAUCAAAGGUCCAUCAAGAAAAAAGUAUAAUAGUAGAAUAACAGAAAUUACUAAUGAAGUAUCCUCAGAAUCAACUCUUAAAUUAAUAAUUCACAAUCCUCAACAAUUUAUUGAAUUAUUGAAAGAAAUUCAACUCAACAAUCCUGACAUUCAAAUUGCAAGAUUUUUGGUUGAACAGUUGGAAUCCAUAUUUGACAAUAAGAAACAUAUUGGAAGAGUAGCUAUGUGGAACUAUCAAGUGAAUGAUAGUUUGAAAAACAAGAUUCAUAAUCUCAAGAGACCAACCCAUACUAUUUCCUAUUUGACUUCUGCUGUGAAUACUUAUUUCUUACCUUCUAUGGAAGGUAUUUUACCAAUUAGCUCAGAUGACUUUUGGGAAGAACCAGAAAAUCAAUUGAGAAAGGAAACCUUACUCACAGUUAGUGCCAAUCCAGGAAAGAAAAAUCCAACUCCAACAAAGAAGGAGGCAGCUGAAAGAGGAUGGUGUGAAUUGGAAAUUUGUGAAAAAACUCAAAUGUUGUUGAAUGGAGUUGGUGGUUUUCAAGUAUUCUGUUUUGGAUAUACCUCUUCAAUGAAUCCUUCUCUGAUUAAUUAUAAGGCUAAAAAAAGAGUUGAUUUUGACAGUGAUGAGGAGAAUGAAGAAGAGGAGGAAGACAAUAUUGAUGACAAUGGUGAUAGUGAUCCUGAGGAAGAAGAAACUAUGAAGGUUGAAGAGGAAGAUGAUUAUGGAGAUGCAAGUACAGACUCUGAUUAG